AGUCCCAGUUUGCGUUUGGGUGUGGUAUUGCAUAUUAUCAUAAACUUCCAGUGUUUGUAAACAAAAUAUCUGUUCAUGUGCAUGUUUAAAGUCCUUGUACAUUAGGAAACCUAUACCGUAUUACUUGGAUCAAGAUUCAUUCAGAGUGAAAUAAUUGUGGUUGCCCAAAAGCUCACUCAGGGGAUUUCCUGGGGUUCGCUGCGUUUGUAGACAAGUGUUGAAACUCGAUGAUGUGUCGCAUUGUUUUUGUUGCAUGAAUGGCGUCGUUAGGUUCGUCAAGGAGAUUACAACGACAAGGAUCUGUCCUGUUUGACAGCAUGACCCAACUAGUACCUCCAGGGCAUGAAAAGCCACUGCGACAAGCUUUUUACACGGCAGCUGCCAUAUUGUUUACAGUUGCCGGUUGUGCUGCUGCAGUUUAUGUUUAUUUUGUCCUUGAAAUUUUUAUCACGCCGUUGAUAUGGGCUGUACUAUGUGGUUUCUUCUUAUUCCCAUUCAAAUACUCAUUGAAUUCUGCAUUGGAGUCUUGGUUGAAAGCUCACGAGGAAAGUGGAAGACCAUUACUCAUAGGAGCUCUUCUCAUUCCCAUCAGUAUAUUUGAUAAUUUUGCAGAGAAUCUGGGAAAAUUUAUUGUCAAUCGAUGGAAGAUGCUGGUGGCCCUUGCAACAAUUUUAUCAGUUCUAUAUAUUCUUCAUUUGAUUCAAUUGCUUUAUAUAUUUCAACUUGCCUUACUUGGUAUAUGGCAUGCUAUUGUACUUGUGUGGGACACAACUUCAGAUUUUGUGGAAUUUAUUGCUGAGUAUAGACUCAUUCUCAUAACUGUAGUUGGAGGUUAUACAGUCUCAGCACUUACACUUGAUCCAGCAUCUGUGAGAUGGCUUGGUUAUGCUGCUGUUCCUGCCUGGAUCUCUUUUCUGAUCUGUUUGGUCAGUGUAGCUGGACGAAUGCAAGUUCCAUUAGGAAUUGCUCUGCUUGUUUUGGUGAUAACUGGAGCAAUUUCUGCAAGUAAACAAAACUCAGAUGAUAUCCGACGUACAAUACUAGCAAGCACAAGUUCGAUCACAGCGAUACUAAAAUCAGUAUCUGGUUCAAGUGUUGCACCUGAAGAUCCUGACUCAUCUACUGAGGAUGUUGUUGAUGCUGCAACAGAAAAUACACAAGAGUUUAAAUCAAUGUCCGAAAAUGACGACAAUGAAGCGAGCACAUCUGAUGCCAGAGUUACAGAUAUUCAACAAGAAAAGGCAGUUGAUGAAUUGGUUCCAGAUAGAAGAAAUAGUGCUGCAGGGGGCAGUAAACGAAAGCGGAGAAAAUCUAUUAAUCGAGAAUCCAGUAGUGCCAUAUUUUUCAAUCUUCUAUUCUUUGCAUUUGUUUUGAUGAUGGCAUGGAUGCAUACAUGGGUGGUUGUUCUCCUGGUUCUUCCUUUUAUAUAUUGGUGUUUGAAACAACUGUUUUAUCUGGAAUUUGUGACUGGAUUUUGUGAUAGACAAUGUCAAACUGUAUUUGGAAGUGACUUGCAAAAAACAAAAGAAAGGAUAUUUGCACAUUAUGAUGACAGAAAGGGUCUUUUAUUACCUCCCUCUGUAAGGAGCGCAUUAAAUAUGAUACAAAAAGGAGACAGAAAGUUCAACUCAGCUGCUUUACAAAUACUGCCUACGAUUACAAGUACAAUCAUGAUAUUGAUUCUCAUUGUCGGAUCAAUUUCUAUUUCACUGUUUUUUGCUGUGAAGAUCCAGCAAGAAAGUUUUCUUCUAGUCCAAAUGACUUCAGAUUUAAUUAAUGAAACUGUUUCAAAACAUCCAGAAUAUCAGUCAUGGCUUCCUGACAAUGAUACAAUGCAUAAAUCAAUGGAUUCAAUUGUUGAUAAAGUUUAUUCACAAGGUAGAGAAUGGAUUAAAGAUCAGCUUCACACGAGUCUGGGGAAUGAAGCAAACGUUAGUUUGAUUGAGAAACAAGCUCUCAAAAUAUGGGAUCGUGCUUAUCAUUCAUGGUUUAAUAAGACAAUUGUAAGUGAGAGAAAAAUGUUGAGAAGGCAAUCCACUGAAAAUGUGUUGGCAACAUCGGAUAACAGUAGCGGAUUAUUUUCUGGUGUGAUGGAUUUACUGAAUAUGUCUGAAGUUAUUGGACUUUUGAAAGAAAAUAUGUCUGCACUUAUGUCUGUGAUGGAAUCUUUAUGGUCGAUAGUUCAAACGAAUAUCAGUUUGGUAUUUUCAUCGGUGACAACAGUAGUUACUGUACUUCUCACUGGAGGAACAGCGGUUUUGAACUUUGUACUUUCGAUGGUUGUUUUCUUUACUGCUUUAUUCUACCUACUUGCUGAAAGUGAGAACCAAUAUCUACCAGUUAAAUUAGUUGGUUUCGGAUCAAACAGUGAGGAUAAUCCAAAUCCUAUUGGUACAGCAAUACAAGAUGCAAUCAGUGGAGUGUUUGGUGCAUCUUUGAAGAUGGCAAGCUUUUAUGGAUUAUAUACUUGGUUGAACCAUACUGCUCUUGGCGCUGCAAUGGUUUAUAUACCAUCUUUGCUUGCUGCAAUAUUUAGUGUUGUGCCAGUUUUCACAACAUACUGGGCAUGUAUUCCAGCAUUUCUUGAACUGUGGUUGCUUCAAGGUGAUUUAUUGAGAGGUCUCAUACUAUUAAUUCUUCAGUUUUUACCAACCAUGUUCGUAGAUGGAGCGAUAUACAGCGAAAUGACUGAAUCAGGGGGUGGCCACCCAUAUAUUACUGGUCUGGCAGUAGCUGGUGGUUUAUACUAUUUUGGUUUGGAAGGCGCCAUCAUAGGACCUAUACUUCUCUGCAUACUUCUUGUUGCAAUAAACACAUAUAUGAGAAUCAUCAACCUACCAGCCACAGAACAACUGACUGUUGUUCAAGGAUUGAAUCCGCAAUUACUAAGACAGAGCAAGAGUGAUAAAUUACCAGAAGCAAGCAAAGCAAUAACAUAGCUGCAUUUUUAUAGAGUUUACAAAGUACAUUGAAGAAAGCAUGAUUUAUUCCUUUUAUUGCCCUUCAUAGAGAUUCUCCAUUUUAGUGAUUUACCGUAUAUAUGUUAUAGUUAUAAAGAGUAUGUUAUAUAUAUAUAAAUAUUCUUUAUGUGUGUAAUUAUAUCUAUAGGUGUAUCAGACCACAGUCUGUAAACUGUUUUCUGUGUAAUUUUACUAAUCACCAAUGUCAUACAAUUUCACAUUGCGAUAAUCAGUUUAAUAUAAGGCUUAUGUGAUGGACAGGGACAAAUAUGUGGUAUAUUUAUAAAAGAAGGUAUCACUUUCUGAAUAUUAAGUAUAUGUUUUAUUAUUUUAAAAA